AUGGGUAAACGGGUGUUCGUAACAGUGGGUACAACGCGCUUCUCGGGACUCGUUCAGGCGCUAGAGAACGAGCAGGUUCUCCGGUCGUUGCGCAGGGCUUGGGACUGCGACACACUGGUGGUCCAGCACGGAUCAGGUCCAGCACCAGCGAGAGCUUGCAUCGAGCGUCAUGGUAUGACCCUGGAAAGUUUUCCGUACUCGGAUUCAUUACGGGAUGAACAGGAGAGAGCGGACCUCAUCAUUUCGCACGCUGGUGCGGGCUCGAUCCUCGAAGCACUCGAACAUGCUAAACCGUUGGUUGUCGUCGUCAACGAAAGUUUAAUGGAUAACCACCAAUGGGAACUUGCCCGUGCACUUGCAGAACGAAAGGCGCUCGUCGCUACCACGUGCGCUGAGCUAGGGCAGGCGUUGGAGCAGGCUCGUCGUCACCGGCAGCAGAGACCGUUGCCACCGGCUUGUCGUGGGGUGCUCACGCGAGUUCUCUUCGAAGAGAGCUGA